AUGGAGACUCCGUUUGCAAAGUCGGUUCACCAAGUUUUCGGCGCUCUAGGCACCAACCCUGCCACGGGCUUGACCGACGAACAAGUGCACCAGGCGCGAAAUGUGUACGGCAAGAACGCUAUUCCCGACGAACCACCCACGCCGCUUUGGGAGCUCAUCCUCGAGCAGUUCAAGGACCAGCUUGUCAUCAUCCUCUUAGGCUCUGCCGUUGUCUCCUUUGUUUUGGCGCUUUUUGAGGAGGGCGGCGGAUGGAGCGCAUUCGUUGACCCGGCCGUCAUUCUCACCAUCUUGAUCCUGAAUUCCGUCGUGGGAGUUUCCCAGGAGAGCAGUGCCGAAAAGGCCAUCGCUGCCCUGCAGGAAUACUCUGCAAACGAGGCAAACGUGUUGCGCAAUGGCCACAUCUCCCGCGUCAAGGCCGAGGAGCUGGUGCCGGGCGACAUCGUUGACAUUGCCGUGGGCGCUCGCAUUCCCGCCGAUUGCAGGCUGGUUGCCAUUGAGAGCAACAGCUUCGCUGUAGAUCAGGCCAUCCUUACCGGAGAGAGCGAAAGCGUCGGUAAAGACAGUGACGUUGUCCUGUCUGACGAAAUGGCAGUUCUGCAGGAUCAGACCAACAUGCUCUUCUCUGGAACCACUGUCGUGACUGGACACGCCAAGGCCGUCGUGGUCCUGACUGGCUCGAACACCGCCAUUGGCGAUAUACACGAGAGCAUCACCGCCCAGAUCUCCGAGCCAACACCCCUGAAACAAAAGCUCAACGAUUUUGGUGACAAGCUUGCCAAAGUCAUUACCGUCAUCUGCAUCCUUGUCUGGCUCAUCAACAUUCCCAAUUUCAGCGAUCCCAGCCAUGGCAGCUGGACCAAGGGCGCCAUCUACUACCUCAAAAUCGCCGUCUCCCUUGGCGUUGCCGCUAUUCCCGAGGGUCUUGCUGUCGUUAUCACCACUUGCCUGGCACUGGGGACCCGGAAAAUGGCCGCUAAGAACGCUGUCGUCAGAAGUCUACCCUCUGUGGAAACCUUGGGAAGCUGCAGUGUUAUCUGCUCCGACAAGACCGGCACUCUGACUACCAACCAGAUGAGCGUCAACAAGAUUGUAUACAUCAACCAGAGUGGCUCUGAUCUCGAAGAGCUUGAUGUUGAGGGAACCACAUUUGAGCCAAAGGGGGCCAUCAAGUCGCAGGGCAAGGCUGUGACCGACAUUGUCCAGAAGUCCGCAACGAUACUCCAAAUGGCCGAGGUCGCCGCUCUCUGCAACGAUGCUCACCUUGACUACCACCCUCAUUCCGCAACUUUCUCCAAUGUCGGUGAGGCCACCGAAGGUGCACUACGGGUCAUGGUUGAGAAAAUUGGACCCUGUGCCCCAGCAAACUGCCAACCCCAAGGUCGUGUCCACUACGCCAGCGCCUGGUACGAGAGCAAGUACAAACGACUUGCUACUUAUGAGUUCUCGCGUGAUCGCAAGAGCAUGUCUGUACUUGUCGAGGGCGGAGGCAAAAAGAAGCUGUUUGUGAAGGGGGCACCGGAGUCACUCAUUGAGCGUUGCACCCAUGCCCUCCUCGGCCCUAAUGGAAAGAAAAUUCUGUUGGAUCGCAAGCUAUCUCAGAUUCUCCUGAAGGAAGUCGUUGAUUACGGCAACCGAGGACUCCGCGUUAUCGCUUUGGCCAGCCAUGAUGAUGUCUCCGGCAACUCCCUUCUCCAUACCGCCAAAUCCACUUCUGAAUAUGCCUCUUUGGAGCAAAAUCUUACCUUCCUCGGCCUCGUCGGAAUGCUUGAUCCUCCUCGACCGGAGGUUCCUGCUUCGAUCAAAAAGUGCAGAGAGGCUGGUAUCCGGGUCAUUGUUAUCACUGGCGAUAAUCGCAAUACGGCGGAGAGUAUCUGCCGCCAGAUCGGCAUUUUUGGGCAGAAGGAGGACCUCACUGGUAAAAGCUUCACUGGCCGCGAGUUCGACAGCCUCAGCCCUAGCGAACAGCUUGAGGCCUCCAAGACUGCGUCUCUCUUUUCUCGUGUCGAGCCUAGUCACAAGUCGAAGCUUGUCGACCUCCUCCAGUCUCUUGGAGAAGUUGUUGCCAUGACUGGUGAUGGUGUGAAUGACGCGCCUGCUCUCAAGAAGUCCGACAUUGGCGUCGCCAUGGGUUCGGGCACUGACGUGUCCAAGCUUGCGGCCGACAUGGUCCUGGCUGACAAUAACUUUGCCACCAUCGGACUCGCCAUUGAGGAAGGCCGGUCGAUCUACAACAACACCCAGCAAUUCAUUCGGUACCUAAUCUCAUCCAAUAUCGGCGAGGUCGUGUCCAUCUUUUUGACCGCCGCAUUGGGAAUGCCCGAGGCCUUAAUCCCUGUCCAGCUUCUAUGGGUUAACCUCGUCACCGAUGGUCUUCCCGCGACAGCAUUGUCAUUCAACCCGCCAGACCAUGAUAUCAUGAAGCGCCAACCGAGAAAGCGGGACGAACCGCUGAUUGGCGGGUGGCUCUUCUUCCGGUAUCUCGUCAUUGGAACCUACGUUGGGCUUGCCACGGUCGCCGGAUACGCCUGGUGGUUUAUGUUCUACUCGGAGGGCCCCCAGAUUACCUUUCAACAGCUCUCGAACUUCCACCGCUGCUCCACCGAGUUCCCGGAGACUGGCUGCGAGAUGUUCAGCAAUGACAUGGCCAAGGCCGGCUCGACCAUCUCGCUUUCGAUACUCGUCACCAUUGAGAUGUUCAACGCCAUGAACGCUCUGUCGUCAAGCGAGUCUCUCCUGACCCUCCCCGUGUGGGAUAACAUGAUGCUUGUGUAUGCUAUUGCCUUGUCGAUGGCAUUGCACUUUGCGCUGCUCUACACCCCUGUCCUCCAGACGCUGUUCUCUAUCUUGCCUCUCAACUGGACCGAAUGGAAGGCAGUUGUUAUCAUCAGCGCGCCUGUGAUUCUCAUCGACGAGGUGUUGAAGUUUUUCGAGCGCAUGUUCUUCGUUCAAGACGCUGCGAGUGUGGUUUCGCAGGACAAAAAAGAACAAUAG